CUGAUUUCACACACAGACAGCGUUGUUACAAAAGAAAUGCCUCUAAAUUGUCAUCAGUGCGAUAAAGAGAUGAUCCUGUCAGGUCUAUGUUCCUGCUUGAAGGUGGUUGGAUACUCAACAUUAUAUCAACUGCAGUGGACCAGAGACAGAGAUCAGAGAGGUACCAGGUGAAGUCACACAUCAGAGCUACGACACAACUACUUGUUAGUACAGUUGGAAUCAUACAGUAGAUAUUACCAUUACAAGUCAGUUAAAAAAGGUAAUAAAACAGUUAGUUAAGAUGGAUGACUACGUCAACAAAGAGGUUGUUGAAAUUGACAAGGUUAUUGAAGGAAACCAGAAUGGAGCAAUGAGGAGAGUGACAACUGAGACACAUCCCUCAGUGUGUAUCUCCCCAGGACCUGACGUUUCAGGGAGAAGAAUCUACAGGAUGGUUGCUGUAAGCUUUGGGAUGCUAUGUGUUCUACAAGUCACUCUCAACAUCUCCCUGCGACUAGAAUCAGACUGUCUGACUGAAGAGAGAGACCAGCAACAGAGUGAGAAAUAUGAAAAGUUCUCUAUUCCGGGCUGGAACAAGUUUGAAUCCUGUUGGUACUUCGUCUCUUCUGAGAGUAAAACCUGGAGUGAGAGCAGACAGGACUGUAUGGAGAAAGGAGCAGACCUGGUGAUCGUAAACAGCAGAGAGGAACAGAGAUUUCUCUUUGCCCUCAACAAGAGAUUCUGGAUCGGUUUGACUGACAAUGAGACUGAGGGGUCCUGGAAAUGGGUUGACGGCACACCACUGAUAACAAGUUACUGGAUAAUCGACCAGCCUAAUAAUGGACGAAGUGUUUCAACCUUUCCGGGGGAGGACUGUGUUGUACUACAAAAUGGACAAGACCAGGCUGAAAAGACAUGGAAUGAUUUAAAUUGUGCACAAAAACAUUUCUGGAUUUGUGAGUUGUGUAAACAAUAACCUACCGUAACAACUACCCAUCCACCAUCUCCCCGUCUAACUCUCUCUCUCUCUCUCUCUCUCUCUCUCUGACUCUCCCGCUCUUAUUCUGUCUCCAUACUUACUCAUUUAUGUUUGUUUCAUUCUGAACAUAUGAAUCAAUUUCCCAUUUACUUCCUGGGAUGCAUUAGUACCAUCCUGUCUUCAGUGGUUAAAUGGACACAUCAGACACAGACAAUGAUUGAGACACAUCACUGAAAGUAAACAGCUGCAUUAGAACAGACAGAAGGGACCAGUAUGAGAUUGUCAAGUCAGUACAGUCGACUCCUGAUAGGUGCACAUCAGAUAAGUGUGAGACCUGGGUUCAAAUACAACUUGAAAUCGUUCAAAAGCUUUGAGCGUUUGCUUUAGCCUGCCUUCAGAGCCAGGUGUGUACUGGGAAUUGUCUGUUGCAACAGAAGUAUUUUAAAUAAUUUCAUAUAGAGAGUCAUUCUGGCAGUACUCAGACACUGGAUUCAUUUAUUAGGUCUCGUCGUCUCCGAAUUCACCCAAAUGUAAAUUUUGACAUGGCCUAUUGAUUAACAAGACACACUGUUUAUCUUAUUAUUUUGUGCUAUAAUUUGCAGUUUACCUUGGAACAUAUUAUCAUUAGAAUUAUUUUACAUUGUUGUGUCUCAAUGGGCCGCAAGGCUAUAAAUAGGAUUUGUGUGCAAUGGUCAAGUCACUCUGAGGAAGAUGUCAGCUUUAUGUUGAAAUGUCAGUCACCUGUUCGCAUCCUGUACAAUGUAUUAAAGUGAGCAAUAAAAAAACAA